AUGCGCUUGGCAGGAACAUCUUCCAUUGUCGACGAGAAGACGCACCAACCCCUCCUCUCCAUCCUUUCCCUCAUCGUCGAAACAGCGUGCAGCUUGACCGCUGCUGGCCACCGUGUAGUCAUUGUCUCAUCCGGUGCCAUUGGCGUUGGUCUACGGUGCAUGAAUCUCCCCCGUCGCCCGAAACAUCUUCCCAAAGUGCAGGCGCUGGCUGCAAUUGGGCAGUGCAAGUUGAUAUCGCUAUGGGAUCAGCUGUUUGGCAACCUCGGCCAGACCAUUGCACAGGUCCUGUUGACGAGAAACGACAUUGCGGACCGGACGCAGUACCAGAAUGCCCAAAACACCUUCAUCGAGUUGUUGAGCAUGGGCGUCAUUCCCAUUGUCAACGAGAAUGACACGCUGGCCGUCUCGGAAAUCAAGUUUGGAGACAAUGACACACUGAGUGCGAUUACGGCGGGCAUGGUGCAGGCAGACUAUCUGUUCCUCAUGACCGAUGUCGAUUGUCUGUAUGACAAGAAUCCCAGGACGAAUCCAGACGCAAAGAGCAUCAGUGUGGUUGAGGACAUUGCCGAAUUGGCGGCUGAUGUCAGUUCAGCAGGAAGUGCACUGGGGACCGGCGGUAUGAGUACCAAGAUCGUCGCCGCACGAUUGGCAACAAGCGCAGGUGUCACGACCGUCAUCACCAAGAGCAGUAAGCCAGGCAACAUCUCGGCCAUCAUUGCAGAUGCCGAGAAGCACCGGAGCGCAAAGUCUUCGAACCGCAACUCUGUCUCCAACUUUCAAGACGAUGGCGUACCACUACCGCAAACCACCAACAUGAGCAGUUCCAAUCACGACCUCUCCGCAUCUACAUCAUCACUGCAAGACCUCCGUCCAGCACGAACACCGUCUCCAGAAUCCAUCGAGCCGGUGCCACUCCAUACUCGCUUCCUCCCCAUCUCAAACCCCAUCCGCGAUCGCUACUUCUGGAUUCUGCACGGCCUUGCCCCCCACGGCGCCAUAUACAUUGACCAUGGCGCAUGGGCCGCUCUCAGUGACAAGGCCGGACUCCUUCCCGCCGGCAUCGUAGAUGUAGACGGCCACUUUGCCCAACAAGAAGCCGUCCGUAUCUUCGUGGUCAAACGUCUCGCCUCAUCCUCUCAAACUACCAGCUCAAAACACGCUGCCUCGCCCCAGCAACAACAUCAACACCAACUCCAACAACAACUCACACAGGCCCCCAACACCCCCAGCGCAGCAGCCCACGCCAUGCACGCCCCGAUCCCCCUUCGUCACCCCCUCCCCCACUCCCCCUCAUACACCAGCCUCUCCCACACGCAACCCCGCAAUUCCCCAACACACCCUCUACCCUACGAAAUCUACAACCCCGCGCCCUUUGAAAUCGGCCGCGCCGUCGUCAAUUACAGCGCCAUGGAGAUUCGGCGCAUUAAGGGCUUGCACAGUACGCAGAUUAGCGAGGCGCUGGGCUACGCAGACAGCGAGUAUGUGGCGCUCAGGGAGAACAUUGCGUUUUUUGGCGGCGAGCGGAGUCGGCCGGGGACGCCGGGGUUGUUGGGUGGUGCGGGGAGGGAAGGGGAGGUGCAUUGA